CCACAGGUUCGCACUGGAAUCUCCCAGCAUACUUUCGCCAUUCCUGCUCCUUCCUCUCCCCGCUUUUCCUCAUGCCUGCGGGAACGUGCUCCGCCAUCGUCGCCCCCCUAGCCUUUCGCAGGCGAUCGCCGUGCGACAGUAGCGGGUCUUGCGACAGUAGGCGGCAUUCGUGCGACGGAACUCCUGUCGCCGUCACGCCGCGCUGUUUCGUCCCCGUCCCCCCAGCGUCGAUGCCUCAACCCGCGGUACCUCUCCCCGCGAUACCUCGACCCGCGGUCGGCUCAUCGGUUCGUUCCAAGCCAGCUCGCCUCGCGCCUGGCCUUCCCCUUCCCCGCGCCGUCGCAAUGCCGCUCCCCCGCUCCGGGAACCGCUCCCCGCGCGCCGACGCCUCCCCUGAUGGGAGUGGCGGGGAGGGCGCAAGAGAGGCGAGGCCGCGGGGAAAUGGGUCUGAUAAUGAGGCGCCUCGAAGUGGUUCUAAUGGUACGGCGGCGGCAGCAGGCAGCGGCAGCGGCGGCGGCGGCGGCGGCGGCGGCGGCGGCGGUGGCGGUUCGAACGAGUGGGCGGGCUCGGUGUGGAGCGCGCAGGAGAUUGCUGACGUGGCAGGCGGCGCGGUCGUCAGGGACGGCCCGCCGGGCCGCGUCUGCACCGACACGCGCCAGCUGAUGGCCGGUGAUUGGUUCCUGGCCCUGAGAGGGCCGCGAUUCGACGGCUCGGAAUUCCUGGACGAGGCGGCGCGGAGGGGAUGCGGGGGGGCUGUUGUCAUGGCGGAAGGAUGGGGGGAAGGAGCGGAUGGCGGGGUACGGGAGGGGUUAAGAAAUGCAGGAGAGACGAGGGGUGAGGAGGAGUUGAGAGGUUUGGAUCUGCCUCCAAACCUGCCUCCAAACGGGUGGCAGGGCGGGUUGGUGGUGGUGCCGGAUACGCUCGGCGCGCUGCAAGGCUUGGCGAGGGAGACUCGGCGGAGGUUCGGUGGAGUGGUGGUUGGGAUCACAGGCAGCGUGGGGAAAACCACAGCCCGGGCUUUAACAGCGCUGGCCCUAUCUCCUCUGGGUCCCGUUCACCAGACCCAGGGCAAUUUGAACAACCACAUCGGGGUGCCGAUCACGCUCCUAGCUCUCCCCCAGACAUCUGCAGCAUGUAUCGUGGAGAUGGGGAUGAGUGCACGCGGCGAGAUCGCCCUCCUUUCCUCCAUCGCCACUCCAACCAUCGGCGUGCUGCUCAACGUGGGCCCCGCCCACAUCGGGGAUCCGACCCUGGGGUCUCUGGAGGCGAUUGCAGAGGCGAAGGGCGAGAUGCUGGUGGACGCGGGGGAGGGCGAUGUGUGCGUGGUGAAUGCGGAUGAUGCUCGGGUGAUGGCGCUCCCCUUUGGCAAAGGAGCAAAGAGGGUCACCUUUGGCCGCUCCCCCUCGUGCGACGUUCAGCUCUUGUCGGCACACACAGUGGAUGGGGGGAUGGCUGUUGAGGCAGUCAUUCGCAGCAACAUGCCACACCCUCAAACACAGCCACCACCACCUGCGGCAGCAGCAGCAACAACAGCAGCAACAGCAGCAGCAUUACCAGCAGCAGCAGUGUUAGGAAAUGAUGAGUCUAGCAGCAGCAACACAGUGAGUGUGCGGAUCAACAGCCCCGGGCUUCAUCUCGCCGACAACGCCCUCGCAGCAGCAGCAGUGGCGGUGGCUGCAGGCGUGCCUCUGCCAAUGGCGGCGCGACACAUGGCGCGAUACGAGCCUGUUGGAAUGAGGAUGAGGGUUGAGCGGAUAAGGAGACGGGGUUUAGGGGAGGAAAGGGUAGAGGGGAGUGGGGAAAGGGUGGAGGGGAAGCAGAACAAAGGAAAGGGAGUGGAAGUGGAGGGAGACUGUGUGACUCUACUGAAUGAUGCUUAUAACGCCAAUCCCAUGAGUAUGGCCUCUGCACUUCAACUUCUGAAUCAGCUCUCCCUAAAUAAGAGUGCACCCUCCUCCUCUUCCUCCGCCUCCCCCUCCUCUCCACUAGUCUCAGGCCGCCCCGUGGCAGUGCUGGGCGACAUGCUGGAACUCGGCAACCAAUCAGAAAGUGCCCACGUGGAAGCCCUAACCCUCUGCCUGUCCCUCACAGGCAUCUCUCUCCUCCUCACAGCUGGCCCAGGCUUUAAGUCAGCCGUGGCUGCGAUGGGGGGGGGGCGAAGAGAUAAGGAUGAUGGCAAGGAUGGUGGUUAUGUGCGCAGAGAUGGUGAUAGUAAUGAAGGUGGUAGUAGCGCGGGAGAUAUAAACCUGGGCCACGUGCACGGGUUCUUGCGGAACGGUGCCGGGAGGCGUUUGGAGGUUUAUGCGUUCGAUUCGGCAGAGAGACUUGCAGAGGCAAUUGCACCGUUUGCCAGUGUGGACUCUCAGGGUGAUACUACUGCCGGGAGAGGCCGUGCUGGAAGCGGGGAUUUAUGCCAAGAGGCAAUCUUGGGAGCGGUGAAUGUGGGGUUGGUGAAAUGGGGAGAUGUGGUGCUGGUGAAGGGGAGUCGAGGGACGCACAUGGAGCUAGUUUGCAGUGCUAUUCACUCGGCUUUUGGAGUUGAGGAUAGUUGAGUGUUCGCCCAACUACGUUGUAACUGCCUGCAGCACCAUCAUGUUUAUGUCAAUGGAGAGCGUUUCUCUCCCAAGAUACA